GAAAUCAUUCUCUCUCAUCUUUCCUCCCCGCGCCGAGUUUCUUCUCUUUUACCCCACAUUUCCUUUAUCUCUCCUCCCUCUCUCUCUCUCUCUCUCUCUACUCUCUGCUCACUGUCUCUCUCUAGCUGACUCUCUCUCUCUCUGAGAAUGUCUACGACAACAAUCGGCGAACACAUCAGACUCCGACGAGCUAGGCACCACCAAACCAUCCGCCACAACGCCGCCGCCGACGAUGAUCCGCCGCUGACACACGUCGUCCCUCCAAUCUCCCAGCCCACUCGCUUCUGUAACUCAGCAAUGUCAUCCUUCUCUCUCCCCGCUUCCUCCAACGAACCCACAAAGAAGAAACAGCUCGGCUUCCCGCAAGCUGCGUCCUUUCGCGGCAUGAACUGUACCGCCUCCGCAGCUGCUCACGAGGUUUCUGUUCCCUCCGCGAUUCGCUCCUCCGCAGAUUGGGACAACAAUAAGAAGAAAAGGAACAGGAAGAAGAAGAAGAAGGGAAGAAGCUACGAGGAUGGUUCGGUUAGGUUCUUAAGCGAGUCUAGAGACGUUGAUGGCGGCUGCGUCGCGGUUCCGGACGUUUGGUGCGGUCCAGGACUAGGGUUCUCGACGGAUGCUGUGUCGGUGGAUCCUCCGAGAAGGAAUCUCCCGUCUUCGUCGCGUCGUAAAAUUGACGUGGAUAAGAACAAUCCUAAUCAAACAGAGGGUUCUUCUGUUCUUACUAGGCGGUCUACUAAUCAAGAAUCUCAUCCUCACGCUUUAAUGAACUCUGAUUCGACGUUUAUGACAUCCUCACAGGUUGAACCAACCUUGUUCUCGAGUAGAUACCAUGGCCAUCUUCGGCGCCCUUACCCCGAUGAUCUUACCGAGAUGAUGAUGCUCCGGAAUGGUUUUGUAAUGGGAAGGACAACAGAUUCGCUUGAUCACUUCCACAACUUGAGGCUUGAUGUUGAUAAUAUGUCAUACGAGCAACUACUAGAGCUUGGUGAUAGAAUUGGUUAUGUGAAUACUGGACUAAAAGAGAGCGAGAUACGUCGUUGUCUUCGGAAAAUCAAUCCAUUCUUAUCAAACACUCUUCUUGCUGAUAGAAAAUGCAGCAUUUGUCAGGAUGAGUAUGAGAGAGAGGGUCAGGUUGGGAAACUGGAAUGUGGACACAGCUUCCAUGUCCACUGCGUGAAGCAGUGGCUAUCGAGGAAGAAUGCUUGUCCUGUCUGUAAGAAGACAGCAUACGUCAAGGCUUAAGAGUGAGUUGUGUGUCUUGUUUAGUUUAUGAUAUCUUAAGAUCUUUCAUUAAAAUGCCCCUAUGUCUUUUGCAGUUGCUGUAUAGAACCAAAUCAUCUGAUUCUUUAUUUCAUGCGUGUUGUUCUGUGAUUUAGCAGUCAUGUGUGUGUUCUUGAUCUUGUUUUCCUUUGUUGUUUUUUUUUUAUAUGAUUGAAAUACUAUUUUGUAAGAACAACAGUUUGUGACCUAAGGAUUCUGCAGCUUAUACUAUAGUGCUUACUACA